CGCCUCUCCCGCCGCGGGAGCUGCAUCGCUAACUCUGCUCGACCGUGGAGUCGCUGGCCCGGGAGCAGAGAGUUCUGGACGCGACGCGUCGCGCCGAGCCCCCCAUCACCUCUAGCCGGGGCGACCCCUCCCCGGUCCGCCCAGGUCCUAGGAGGCCGCCGGAGCCUCCAGCCCCGAGAGACUCCACGGUUCGGUGGCGGCAUUCCGGCCCCGGCACUCCCACAGCCGCCGCCCCCCACCCUGAACAUGGACUCCGACUCCUGCGCCGCCGCCUUCCACCCUGAGGAGUACUCCCCCGGCUACAAGAGGCGCAGGACCGUGGAGGACUUCAACAAAUUCUGCACCUUUGUCUUGGCCUACGCGGGCUACAUCCCUUACCCGAAGGAGGAACUCCCUUUGCGGAGCAGCCCGAGCCCUGCCAACAGCACGGCAGGCACCAUUGACAGCGAUGGCUGGGAGGCCGGCUUCACUGACAUCUCGUCCACGGUGCCCUUGCCAGUCUCCGAUCGCUGCUUCGGCCACCUGCAGCCCACCCUCCUUCAGCGAGCCAAGCCCAGUAACUUCCUGCUGGACAGAAAGAAGACCGACAAGCUGAAGAAAAAGAAGAAGAGGAAGCGAAGAGACAGCGACGUGCCCGUGAAGGAGGGGUACAUGGGCAGUCUGCUGAAGCUGGAAGCCCCCGAUCCGUAUGUGGAGACCCCCACAAGUCCCGCCUUGCAGGCUAUCCCCCAGGCCCCUGGCGAUUCCUGCUCAGGCUGGGACUCCGAUACUCCUUCGAGCGGGUCCUGUGCCGCCGUGUCACCCGAUCAGGUCAAAGAAAUAAAGACUGAAGGCAAGCGGACUAUCGUCCGGCAGGGAAAGCAGGUGGUGUUCCGUGACGAGGACAGCACCGGCAAUGACGAGGACAUAAUGGUGGAUUCAGACGAUGACUCGUGGGACCUCGUCACCUGCUUCUGCAUGAAGCCAUUUGCCGGACGCCCGAUGAUAGAGUGUAAUGAGUGCCAUACUUGGAUUCACCUGUCCUGUGCCAAAAUCCGGAAAUCCAAUGUUCCGGAAGUGUUUGUCUGCCAAAAGUGCCGGGACUCCAAGUUCGACAUCCGCCGUUCCAACCGUUCCCGAAUGGGCUCUCGGAAGCUUUUUCUGGACUGACUGCUGGUGAGGGAGGAGACUGUGGGUGAAGAAUCAGUCGGAAGGGAUGGUGGGCUUUCUGGCCCUUUUCUAAGUUGAGCACAGAACUCUCAGCUCUGGUGCAGGCAGACCCCUGCCAUUCAGGUGCCUAAGCAAAAGGACAGGCUGUCCAAGGUAUAAUCUGUACAUAGCCGGUAACUGAAUAAAGUCCUUGCAGGCCAAAGCUGCUGCUAGAGCUGCGUUCUCUGCACUGGAGGUGGGCUCAGCACUCCAGUGCAGUGGGUUUGCUUCAGCUGAAGAGGAAGGUCCAUGGUAGUUGUGAAUUCUUGCUAUUGUUAACAAACUCCCACCAAUUAGAACAAGUGCUGUUACUCCUGCUUCCGCUGUGUUGGGGACAAAUGUUUCCUCGGCCUGUUAACAAACAGCCAUACGUGCAAAGUUUUUCUCAAGUGUAAGUCUUUGACCGUAAAUGUCUGUACAGCAACCAUCAAAGCUGCCCCUCCCUCAGUGGCUCGCUCCCCCCACUGCCUCGUUGCUGCCUCUGUCCCCAGGGGCUGCCUGCCGGACUCCUGUCUCCCUCUGAGAGGAGCUGGGGGUGUGGGCAAGCUAGUGAUCCUUAGGUUUCCUUCUGUUCAUUAAAAAGGAUAGUGUGUGGCCGCUUUGCUGUAGAAAGAGGGUUGCUUGGGGGGUUGAAGUGGCCCAUGUUUGUAACUCAGUUUCCUGUUUUGCACGAUGUAAAAAUCCUGUCUAUUUGCACGAUGUAGCCAAAAGUAUUGGCAGAUUUUUGCCUGGGCGCCCUUUUUCUCCACUUGGCCUAUGGGAGCCUGUUGGGUGCCCAGGCAAGGGGGCACUUGGGGUCGUUCCUCAUCUCUUCCCUCACCUUGUUCCAGUAGCAGCAUAAAAGUUAGGCAGACGCUCGGGAAUGGUUCCUGUGCUUAAUGGGUAAAGGAAAAUGGGAGACGGGCCUCUCCUCCGGUGAUUCUUAGUGUCCCCUAGUACAGGUUGGCCUGCUGGUUUCACAGGCCAAGGUUAGGACCCGAAGCCUUUUUGGUGAGUGAGAUGGUAACACUGGCCUCCAAUGACAUACCAUUGAACUGUGCAGAGUUGCUCGCCUCUGGACUGGGGAGACCCCGAGGGCCUAGCUCUGGAGAGGCCUGGGAGUCUGUCCGGGAGCCUUGCCAGGCUCUGCCCCAGUGAGCCCUGGGGCACUGGUGGUUCUGGGGCUCCAAGGGGGAGGGCUUCAGCUUUGUCCCUGACGGUGUUUUAGCAGUUCCAAUACGUGUUCUCAGAAAUUUUUUUUUAAUGGAUGGGUGUGUUUUCAUGAACAUUGUUUCUUGUAAAAGCAUGAAAAGGGAAGAAUGCCCAAGUUGCUCAUGUGUGUUUACAGCAGGAGGGAGCCCAGUCUCCCUGUGGGGGGCUUCUCCACGGGGCACCCUGUGUGGGCCAGCAGGCGGGCUCCCUCUACCUUCUCUCACUGAAGCACCUGGGGUUGGAGCUGUAACUGGCUAAGCAGAGCCUGUAUUUCAUCCUAGUCUCAUUCACGCGUGACCAGCCAACUGCCUUUUUUGUGUUUAAUUCUGUUGCUUUUAAUAACACAAAAAUAGACGUAGCUUUUGAAACCCAGUUUACUGUAGAGACCCCCCAAGGGAGAAGCCGUGUUGUAGAAAGAAGCAGUAAGCUGGGUCAGAAACGAACUGGUCCGCACAGCUGAUUCUGGCUCUGACCAGGGCUGCUGUGCGGAACUUGGGGGAGGAAUUUGCCAAAGAUCUGCCCCAGGACAUUGUCUGUCCAGUGUCCCCACCAUGAGAGUAUAGCCAAAGUUCCAAAGUGGUUUUCUUCCUUUUUAAACACAGAGUUUUAAAAGUGUGUCUAAGAGUGUGUGCGGUUUUACAGCAAGCGGCCGGCGCUGGCAGUUGCUCUGUGAUGUGCUCUCAGAAGGUUUGGUGCCUGGCGACCCCUGGAAGGCUCUGUCGCUCAUCUCAGUUUGUUUCUUUUCCUUUUUGUUCCGACAGCUGUGUCCCUGUGGGUGGUGUCUAAGAAGUCAGGACACCUCACUUUUACCUUGGUUGAGCUGGCAGCUGCAAUCAGCUUUAUGCAAAUUAGGCAUGGCCCAUCUAGGGGCUCCUGGUUGGUGGCUGAUGGAGUGAGGGGAGGGAAAAGAUGUCACCCCAAAAGUAAGCCCCUGUCAUUGGCUUUGGCCAGGCCAGACACUUAACAUCGUUUACGUGGUUCUGUGUAAAGUUUAUGUGUAAAAACGAAGCUGUUUCUGUGAAACUGUAUAUUUUGUAAAUAAAGAUAUUGCUACUUUGA